CAUUGGGUUGCUCUCGGUUCAGUCAGUGGUAAGCAAUUGCAUGUUUUGCGCGGGCGUGAGUUAUUCAUUUCUAUUCUGCAUAAUAUACGCCACGAACCUUCAGUGCGGGAAUGGAUGACAUUAAGCCACGAGUGUGAUACGUGGUGUAGAUCGCGAUGAAUCUGGUUAUCAGUAAAAUGUGAGUGAUAUACCCAGUGCUCAGAGAGUAGCUGACAAACAGGAAGAGAGCUGACAGUAGGAAGAUCGUAAAUCCCUUUGCUGCCAGUGUAAUCGUGACGAAUUCCGCCGUGGCGAGCCGACCGCAUAAAAAGCCCGCGGGAUAAACGAAAACAUGUAUUCGCUAAGUCGGCGCGUGCUCAUCAUGUUGACUGGAAGUGUGCUAAUAUCGUUACUCGUCGUGGUCACAGUGUACGGUGUGUACGGGGCCCCCGCGUCCCAGGAGAUCGGUCAUAUCGCUUUUGACAAUCGGAUCGAGGAUCUACCGUGCGAUCGGGACGGAUCGGACUGUGGUGAUAUUGCCCGUGCCUCCUGGGAUUACGAGCUGAAGCAGGUGCACGUGGUAUUUCGUCAUGGACAACGUACACCCGCUGAUACCUACCCGACGGAUCCGUUGGUUAACCAAACGUUUGCUCCGUAUGGAUGGGGCCAGCUAACGAAUUACGGAAAAAACACUCUUUAUGAGAUUGGAUCCUGGCUUAGACGCCGCUACGGUAACUUUCUCGGGAAAAUGUUUAUACCCGAUAAAAUUCAUGCCCAGAGUACUGGUGUUUCUAGAACCCAAAUGUCUAUCGAGCUGGUGCUUGCAUCGCUGUAUCCACCGCAAGGAACGGCACAGGAGUGGAAUCAUGAUCUCAACUGGCAGCCUAUUCCUUUCAUCAGCGAACCUCUUGAUCAAGAUACGUUAUUGCUGGUGCGAAAAUCUUGUCCACGAUAUCACGAGGCACAUAAUGCAGUUUUGGAAAGUGCAGAAAUUCAACAAAUAAUGAGCGACAAUCAGGAACUAUUUAAAAAUCUCACCAAACUCACCGGUAUGGAUAUCAAGACGCCAGACGAUGUGCAGUCCCUAUAUAGCACUUUGAAAGCUGAGUAUGAGUUCGGACUCAUUCUUCCCGAAUGGACCAAGGAUUAUUAUCCGGAAAAACUUCUACCUCUCACACGACUCAGCUACAUUCUGAACGUUUACGACAAUGAACUGAUAAAACUUAAGGGUGGACCUUUUCUGAAGAAGACACUAAGCGAAUGGGAGUCCGUGAUGGCCGACGAAUUCAGCCCAAAAAAUAGGAAAAUUUUUAUAUAUGCAGGGCACGAUUCUACGGUAGUAAAUGUUCUAUCCGCAUUUAACGUAUGGCACGAGCAAUUCCCCAAUUACGCAAUUAUGGGAGUUUUUGAAUUAUAUAAAGAUCGACGAACUGGGCAGUUUGUAGUUCGCGUCUAUCAGAAAAACGUUGGGGAACAACUGACUCCAUUGAAGAUUCCAGGAUGCAGCAAGUACUGUCCCGUAGAACAACUGAGAUCGUUACUGAACAGUCACAUCCCGAUCGAUAUGAACCAGGAUUGUAAAGCGCACUCGGCUGGCUUCGAGGAACCGCCACCCAGGGGACCGUAAAUCUCAGCAAUAAGUUUUAAUAUUUAUACUUGUGAUUUUAAAUAGUUGUAGAUGGGAAUAAACAAUCUAGAUAUGACACCGAGGCACAACGCGAGCAUUGUGAACAUCUAAGCAGAAGUGCGGUUUGCAAAGAUAAUUUACUGCCCUUAAACUUUACGCAAGGAAACGCUUUGGUCUAGACUAGGACUGAUGCGCUUCUUGAUAUUUAUUUAUAUAUUUGCUGUAUAUACACCAACUCCAUAAUGUUCUGUAAUGCUGUAAUGGUGAUUAUUUAUAGACUAGUUGCAUUUACGAAUUAAUUUAAAAAAUACCUUAAAACGUAUUUUUCGUCAAGAAGACGUCGAAAGCGGUAACGAGAAAACGCGCUACAGUCCCGAAAAGCAAUUCACUCUGGCAGACAGUAAAUCCGAGACGUACAUGGCUCGAGAAUCGUCCCUCCGGAUGCUGAGUGUCGAUCUGUAAUGACUGACAAUGGUUUUCGUAACUCGGAAGUUGGGACGUCGUGUUUCGCCAUGAAAGAUGUUGAUGACUGAACCUGUAUUGUACAGCCUCGAUUCUAUAAAUUCCGUUUUGGUGGAGACGUUGCAACUAUCAGAAAAAUAUUCUAGUGUGAAUCGGCUGCACACGCAAUAAAGCGAUUUGAAAC